AUGUCGUUGCGGUCUAAACUUACGAAUCCGAGCCGAGCCGAUGUUACGAUGCUGUGGCUACAACACACGCCAAGACUUCCAUCCCUCAUUCUCUCCUCCUGCUUGUCCGGACCGCCAUUUAUCCCCCACUACCUAGAGAAACCCGCCCUCGAUCUUCAAAAGACCAUCUCGUCCGCAAUGCAAGUUGCGGAAAUACUGUCCGAUAUCACCUCACUACGUGUCUGUGGACACAAUGAGGCCCUUGCACUUGUUAGCGGCCCACCGGCAUCCGCCAAAGAUAUGCUUACGGAGGGUGAUGCUGUCGCCACGUCCAAUGGUCAAUCCAUCAAGCAAGAAGCUUUACAACGUGCCAAGGAGCUUGUACAGCUACACUAUGAGGUGAAGUCUCGGCAUGUUAAUGGCGAGGUGGAUGAUAACUUGCGUCAAGCUAGGGAUGAUGUCAAUCGAGUUCUCAGAGAGUUGAAGUGA